CGAGACUGUUUAUGUCCUGCUCCCCGUCAAAGGGGACACACAAACUCACUAAGGACUCACUAAAGUCUCAGCUUGAGACCCGGAGGACACACAGAGGACACAGAGGAGACCCGGAGGACACACAGAGGACACAGAGGAGACCCGGAGGACACACAGAGGAGACCCCGUGACCUCCGCAGCUGCCCGCGCUCACGUUCAGGACUCUUCCCGCCCUCAGCGCACUGACCCCGGGCAUAAACAUGGCGACUCCACCGAAGAGACUUCGGAGCUCCGAGCCCCGCAGAAAACACCUCAAAGUGUCCAUCGAGGGAAACAUCGCGGCGGGAAAGUCGACUUUUGUGCGACUACUGGAGCAAACGAGUGAUGAGUGGGAGGUGAUCCCAGAGCCCAUCGCAAAGUGGUGCAACGUACAGACGGACAAAGAGGAUAUAUAUGAGGAGCUCAGUUCUUCUCAGAAAAGUGGAGGGAACCUGCUGCAGAUGCUCUACACUAAACCCACGCGCUGGUCCUACACCUUCCAGUCGUACGCGUGUCUGAGCAGAGUACGCUCUCAGCUCCAGCCUCUGUCUCUGAAACUACAAGAGUCUGACAAACCCGUGCAGUUCUACGAGAGAUCAGUGUACUCUGACAGGUUUGUGUUUGCCUCUACACUGUGGGAGAGUCAGAGCCUCACAGAGACAGAGUGGUCUGUGUAUCAGGACUGGCAUCAGUGGAUCCUGGACCAGUUCAGCCCCGACUUAAACCUGGACGCCAUCGUGUACCUGAGAGCCAAGCCCGAGAGGUGUAUGCAGAGGUUACUGCACAGAGGCCGAGAGGAGGAGCAGGACAUUCCUCUGGAGUAUCUCCAACAACUGCACUGCAAACACGAGGACUGGCUCUACCACAGAACACUCAGGGUGGACUUUGAGUAUCUGAACCACAUCCCCAUUUUAGUCCUGGAUGUGAACCAGGAAUUUAAGAACGACCGAAUACUACAACACGAGCUAAUGGACAAGGUCAAGGACUUCCUGUCCACGCUUUAGGAUCCACCAAUCACACGUCACAUGGCUGAAGCUGAGCUCUGAUUGGUCGGCUCACACAUCCUGGGGCUGAAGCUGAGCUCUGAUUGGUCGGCUCAGUCUGAUUUUGUAAACAUUUGUAAAUAUUUGUUCCUGCCUCUGAAACUUCUCAAACGUAUAAAUGUGUGUUUUUUAAUAUUUUAAUUCUGGUAACAUGAACUUUUACCCAGCAGUAUUCACUUUUUUAAAUGUGAAAUAGUAAAACAUUAGACUUGAAUCUUGGACUGAGAUUCUUUGUAAAGUGUGAUUCAUUUUCAUACAUUUUAAAUAUUUUAAACGUGACCUGGUUUAUGCUUAAUCUGAUCUAAAAACUGGCACAAAGUUCAACGUGUGACAGAAUAAACAAAGGUCAAAUGAUUUUUGUUUUUCUCCAGCCUGUUUAUCUGAGCUCUGUGUUUAGACCUGGUCAGUUUGUUUUUAGAUUCAUAUUUUUUAUAACAGUUUAGUGUCAGAGCUGUUUUUAUCAUGUUCAUACUGAAGCUCAAUAAAUUAAUUAAACUGG